AUGCCUGAUGCCACGUGGCAUCAUGUUCCGACUCAUCAGAAUCCCGCGGAUCUAGCAUCCCGUGGAGUCACCGCUUCCUCGUUCGCGGAGAGCUUACUGUGGUGGCAAGGCCCCGAGUGGCUCAAGCUUUCUUCAAAUGAUGAAUUAAAUAUUGAUAUGUUCAAUAACAGACUGAAUAUUGCACUGCUUAAUAAUGGAAUUAAUAUUGGCAUGCUUAAUUUUAUUAUAAAUGAUUUGGUUAAUCCCUUGCCAGAGGAUGUAAUCGCACGACGUAAUGAAAGACCGAAAAAUGAAAAUUAUUUUGAAGGCGUUAUUCCUAGGUAUACAGACAUACAAUUUCUAGAACACUUUCGUAUGUCGCGAGUUACAUUUGAGGCAUUAUUAAAUAUAGUUAUACCUUUAUUAAAUCCAGAAGAAUAUGUAGAUGUAAGCCCAUCAAAGAAACUGCUAUUUACUAUAUGGGUCCUGGCCAAACAAGAAAGUUUUUUAGCUACGGGUGACAGAUUUGGUUUGGCAAAAUCUAGUGGUCACAAUAUUUUUAAAAGCGUUAUAACUAUCUUAUCAGAUUUAAUUCCUCUCUAUGUCAAAUGGCCAGAUGCUAACGAAUGUCAAAUAUCCAAUGAUGAAUUAAAUAUUGAUAUGUUCAAUAACAGACUGAAUAUUGCACUGCUUAAUAAUGGAAUUAAUAUUGGCAUGCUUAAUUUUAUUAUAAAUGAUUUGGUUAAUCCCUUGCCAGAGGAUGUAAUCGCACGACGUAAUGAAAGACCGAAAAAUGAAAAUUAUUUUGAAGGCGUUAUUCCUAGGUAUACAGACAUACAAUUUCUAGAACACUUUCGUAUGUCGCGAGUUACAUUUGAGGCAUUAUUAAAUAUAGUUAUACCUUUAUUAAAUCCAGAAGAAUAUGUAGAUGUAAGCCCAUCAAAGAAACUGCUAUUUACUAUAUGGGUCCUGGCCAAACAAGAAAGUUUUUUAGCUACGGGUGACAGAUUUGGUUUGGCAAAAUCUAGUGGUCACAAUAUUUUUAAAAGCGUUAUAACUAUCUUAUCAGAUUUAAUUCCUCUCUAUGUCAAAUGGCCAGAUGCUAACGAAUGUCAAAUAUCCAGCAAUAUUUUUAGGAAUCGUUCGCGCGGUUUUGAAGGUGUUAUAGGUGCCAUUGAUGGUUGCCACAUUCCGUGUAAACAGCCAGUAAGAAAUCCGCAUGAUUUUUAUAAUCGGAAAGGAUUUCAUUCCAUUAUAUUACAAGGAGUAUGCGAUCAUAGGGGAAAAUUUAUAGAUUGCUUUAUUGGUUUGCCAGGUAGAAUGCAUGAUGCAAGAGUAUUCAGGCAAAGUUCAUUAUUUGAAAACAUAUCAAAUGCGAGGUUACAUUUCAUACCACGACAGUUGCACUUGAUAGGUGAUUCAGCAUAUCCACUGAUGAUGAAUUUAAUGACACCAUAUAAGGACAAUGGCCGUCUAACAGUCUCACAAACACGAUAUAAUAUGAAAUUAAGUUGCAUUCGUUCAAGGAUUGAAAGAUCAUUUGGGCUAUUGAAAGGAAAAUUUAGAAGACUCAAAUACCUUGACAUCUCAGAUUUUAAUCUAGGAAACAAAAUGAUUGCAGCUGCAUGUACAUUACAUAAUUUUAUAAUAGAUGGUGAUAAUUUGAAUAUAGAUGAAGAAUAUUUAGAAGAGCAAAAUUUACAUGAAGUAGAACAAGAAGAAGAAGACGAACAAGAAUUACAAGAGGCUAUAGAAAAACGCAGAUAUAUUACAGAUCAGUUAUAA